AUGCCUGGCCUGGGCAACAAAGGCUCUUUAUCAAGUUCAUGGGGGCGGCUGAAGCCGGUGGAACAAGAUCCUUUGCAGAGCAUGGGAUUGCCAUCAAAAGGAGAUACUCGAUUACUUGACUUGAAAAUCCAAGAGAAGUUCUACACCAUUAUUGUCGACAAGUACAUGGCAUUCUGCUCCGAUGCUGGGCAACGAGACGAGCUUCUUCGCAGGUUAUCUUCACUUCAUAUUGAUGCGAUGCCUACUUCUGAUAGUCAUAUGCAAAUGCAUAAAUAUUCUAACAGCAGUUCUGGAACCUCGCGUUUCACUCCUUGCGAUGAUACGUCAAGCGCCAACGAGCUCUCCGGCAUUCUGGCAGCUCUACGAAAACUCAGAGAAGGCAUUGUCGCUUCAAAACGUACCGACAACUUCGCGGCACAGGUAUACCUAUUUUGUAUACGCCUCUCUGUUUUGGCCAAGCAGCCAGAAUCAUACCAUGCUGCUAUAUUGCACCUACUGCGUACAAUCCAUGCCAGACACCCCCUUACAUCAUUGGAACUCCAAGAGGUUGUCGGAUAUCUUGUGCUGGACACGGCGUGUCGCAGACGACAGGUCGCAGAGGCUAUCGCGAUUCGCCAUCAAUUCAAACUGCAUGACGACAAAGUAAAUGCGGUUCUGCAAGCCUUGAUACAUGAUAAUUAUGUGCUUUUCAGGCAAAUCCAGAAAAAUGUGGACGGGCAUAAGGCUCGGUUGAUGGAGUGGGUAGAAAGAGACAUAAGAAUACAUACUCUCAAGUGUUUCGGGAGGACAUACUUUUCUGUGGAUUUGCAGUUUCUAGAAGAGAUGACAGCGUCAAACUGGGAAGAUCUGACAAAUAAUGAUGGCGUAGGAUGGGAGCUGGAUGAACAAAGAGUCGUCAUUCGAAAAGUCAGGGCUCGGUAA